AUGUCUGGUUCCGUUUCUCCCCCGCCGCUCCCCCCUAAUAUUGGUCUCUUAGCCGGUCCCCAACUUCUCGGAUUCUUCUUUUCUUGGGCACUGCAAGGGAUCCUCACCACUCAGGCGUGCAAGUACCAUCUCGCGGUCAUCGCCGCGAACAUCUACUACCUCUACUUCCCCGACGACCGCAGAUGGACCAAGUGCCUAGUCGCCGGCGUGGUCAUCUGGGAGUGGAUCCAGACGGGCCUCGUAACGCAAACCGCCUUCAACAUCGACGUCACCCACUUCGGCGACAUCUCCGUGCUCACCGCGUACGGCAACACCUGGUUCAGUGUGCCGAUCAUGUCCGCCGUCGUCUCCUUCGUCGUGCAAUGCUACUUCGCGUGGCGAGUGUGGGUGUUGGGAAGGUCUAGGAUCGCCGUGGGAGUGAUCCUCUUCUUAUCAUUCACGCAAACGGUUCUUGGAAUAGCAGGAGGGGUCACGCUGAAGAUCAUUGAAGCCAACGCCGUGGAAGCAAGCGUGAACCGACCCAUUGUCGCAGCAGGACUGGUGGUUGCCACGGUGGUCGACGUUCUCAUUGCCGCUCUAAUGACAUACUACCUUUUGCAAGCAAGAAGCGGGAUCAGACAGUCGGAUGCCAUUAUCAACAAGCUAGUCAGUUUGGUGAUAGAGACAGGAGCACUGACCGCGACCGUCGCAUGCUUGUACUGUGUUGUCUUCUUAGUCGAUACUAAGGACCUCCUGUUCGAGUGCCCGUACGCAUUUCCGUCUCUUCGCUCCGCCCAUUCGGCUGACCCCAUCCUGUUCGGGCGUCUCGGACACACGGGCGCUCACUGCAGUGCACUCGUCCUCCCCAAGCUCUACUCCAACACGCUCAUCGUCAGCCUCAACAACCGCGCCUUCGUCCGCGGCGCGAUCUCCAAGUCGCUCAACUCCAGCUCCCGCGGCACGUCCGCGGCCUUCGGCCCCACCGUCUUCUCCCGCAACACGUUCGAGGAGGCGAGCCGCGCCCGAGGCGGCAUCGAGUCCGGCGCGGUGCACAUCGACGUCGACGUCGUCGAGAGCGGCACGUACGACGGGCACCCCAAGUCCGCGCUCGAGCUCGUGCCCAUGGACGGCGCUGGAGCGGCUGAGGCUGGCGGAUCUGCACGAUACGGACGCCGGAAGCAGUAG